AUGGCAGCGAAUAUUGAACGGGUUGGUUUCAGUGUCAAUGUUUGUAAUCAAAAUUAUGAUUGUUAUAUAAUUUUCAAUGGACCGAGCGCGUGGAUUUGGUUUGGAACUGAGUUAGUUUUCAAAUGAAAUAUAUUGAGAUUUCAAUUCAAAACAUUUUAGUCGUAUUGAAUCAAUCGGAAUCGCUUUCUAUCCAAUGUUUACUAUGUUAUCAGAUCGUGGAAACACUCAACGAGAGUUAUUGAAGUCAAUUUCUUUGAGACUGACAAAAGGAACUAAAUUUACACAGGUAAAUCAGAAGAAUACAUAUAUAUUGUUUCAAACAUUUAAUUUUUAAAGGUUUUCAUCUCAACGGAUAUUGAAAACGAGAAUCCAGAGUUUUGGUCCGAAUUCGAUGUAAAACUUCGCGCCGAAUUGAACCAAAUUCCGACCAUUCAUUUGUGA